UUUAUUUGUUGUUUUAGUUUGUUUUAUCGAUCGAUUGAUUAUUUGUUUUUGCUAUCGAAAUAAAAUCGAUCGUAACAUAUGUGCUAGCGGAUGACGACGGUAAAAGUACGGGGUGCGGAAUCCGUCAAUGGAAUACAAAAAAUGGACGGCCUUCGUCGAUGAUCCGUCAUCGAUUCAGUGACAUUUCAAACGAAUUUUUGUAUUUUUAGAGAUAAGCUAAAGUUUCCAGCAGAGAAGGUUAAAAUACAAAAACAAAAGGAAAAUAGAAGAAAAUAAAGGAAAAUGUCCAGGACGCAAUGCUGCGACGGCAGCGAACGCGUUGCCGGCAUAACGAACGUGGGAGGGAAGAAAGAAAACGAAAACAAGGUUCGUGGUUGCAAUUAGUAGUGCCAUUUCGAAACUGUCCUAAGUAUAUGGAGUGCUAACACUUAUCAGGAGUAAGAAAACACCUGGCAAGAACGAAAAGAAAAACUGAAGGGAACGUGUCUCGUUUUUUUUUCAUUUCUUUUUGUUCGUUAUUGUGUGAAUAAUUAGUGCGAAGUAGAAGAAGAAGAAGAAGAAAGAGGAAAAAGGAAGAAAGAAGGAAGAAAAGGAAAAAAGAAGAAAAAAAAUAGUAGAAAAGAGAAAAGAGAAAAAAUGUGGUGGAGGUGCAGGUGGAACUUCGCUAGCAUCGCUUCGACGAUGCAAUUCGCAACGAAUAGUAGUACCACUACAACCACGACCACAGUUUUGUUGGUCCUGGGAGUGGCCUCGGUCUACUCGCAGGUCGACGUAUCUGAUCUGGAUAAGCCCGUGCCAAUUACUACGAUAGAAGGUGUGGUGGGGAAUAAAGCGCUUUUACCGUGCGAUAUACAUGCCCCGAACAACGACGACAUAAACAUGGUGCUCUGGUUCAAGGAAAAUGGAAGUGAACCGAUUUACAGCUUUGACAUACGCGGUCGCCGACAAUUCAGCAAUGCUCGGCUUUGGUCGUCGCCAACAGCACUGGGACCAAGAGCUUUUUUUAUCACGGCUACGACUCCGGCAUGUCUCUGUAUCGAUCGGGUCGAGAUGAAGGACGAAGGAAUCUAUCGAUGUAUGGUGGAUUUUAAGAAUUCACCAACUCGUAAUCAAAAGAUGAAUUUUACCGUAAUUGUGCCUCCUUCGAAGCCCGAGAUUCUGGACAGCACUUUGAAGAAUAAGUCGAGGGUCACGGAAUCCUACAACGAGGGUAGCGAUGUGCAACUAAUCUGCCAGGUUAGAGGCGGCAAGCCACCUCCAAAGCUGACGUGGUACCUCGACAACAAUGUGAUAGACGAGUCCUAUACCUAUAACCGCGAGUUUGCGCUUACGGUUAACCACUUGUCGUAUCCGAGAGUCGGCCGACAACAUCUCAACGCAAGGCUAUCCUGUCAGGCCAGCAACACCAACAAGGUGACUCCACAGAUCAGGGUCCUCGUUCUCGACAUUAAUCUGAAGCCGCUAUUUGUUCAAAUCUUAACGAAAGAGGUACGAGUUUCGGCGGAGAAGAUGUACAAGGUGGAAUGUACAACGGCCGGAUCGAGACCCUCAGUAGAGAUAACUUGGUGGAAAGCGAACAAACCGAUUAAGAAGAUGGCGCAGAGUUAUCCUCUGGAUGACGAUCGUACAAUGAGCGUCCUGAGCUUCGUGCCGAGUAUCGACGACGACGGGAAGUAUCUAACUUGCCGCGCUGAGAAUCCGGUGAUUCCCGACAGUGCAAUGGAGGACAAGUGGCGAUUAGAGGUACACUAUCAACCGGUGGUGACUCUGAGGAUGGGAGAGACACUUAAUCCAGAUGACAUCAAAGAGGGUGACGACGUGUACUUUGAGUGCAUAGUGAAAGCAAAUCCUAAAGUGUAUAAACUCGCCUGGUUCAAAGACAGUAAAGAGUUAAAGAACAAUGCAACAGCCGGCGUGAUUCUCAGCGAUCAUUCGUUGGUACUUCAAGGCUUAACUCGACAUUCUGCUGGCGAUUACACCUGUCUAGCUGUAAACAGCGAGGGCAAAACCACUAGUAAUCCUGUGACCCUUCAAAUAAUGUAUACGCCAGUUUGCAAAGAGGGUAAAAGCGAGGUUGUGGUUGGUGCUCUCAAACAGGAAACGGUUUCUUUGGUUUGUGCGGUAGAGAGUCAUCCACCACCGUUGACCUUUUACUGGACCUUCAAUAAUUCUGGAGAGUUGAUGGAGAUGCCGCACUCGCGGUAUUCUCACGCAUCAGUAGCCGGAACUCCCUCAGUCGUAGAGAGUCUGAAAGAGUAUCAACAAUUCCACGGUUCGAGACUGAACUAUACACCGACGACGGAAAUGGAUUACGGUACAGUCGCAUGUGGGGCCACUAACCAGGUCGGCAAGCAAAGAGCGGCGUGCCUUUUUCAAGUGAUAGCGGCUGGUCGUCCCUAUUCUCUACACAACUGCACUGCUACGGAAAUGUCAGCACCCUUGGAUGUGGAGGAGCUUGGCACGAAAUCAGGAACUGGUCUGAUCGUACGUUGUUUAGACGGUUACGACGGAGGCCUACCUAUCCAUAGCUAUCAAUUGGAGGUUGUAUCCGAAGAGGACGGAUCGAUUCUAUGGAACAAAACACUGCCGACCAAUCCAAAUGGACCGACCUUUGAGGUCACCGGCCUUACAACUGGCAAGAGUUAUCGUCUCUAUCUCUUCGCUAUUAACGCCAAGGGUAGAAGUGAUCCCGCCAUUUUGGAACCUGUCACGCUUAAAGGUGUCGCCAUGUAUACGACCGGCAACACGGAUGCAUCGAUGCUGAGUCCAUUGCUACUGGGUCUGAUAGCUACGGCGGCCCUUUUGGUCAUGGCUGUAGUUGGUAUCGUGGCAGCGCUCUACCGGAAGCAUUCGAACGACCGUGCCGGAAGUCCAAAGCACGCUCCGAUCGUGUGCGAGCCACCUAAUGCAGGUGCAACCACCCCGGUGCACCCUCAGACCAAGCAGGCGGUCGAUGACAUCGAUCCGGACAUCAUACCUAACGAAUAUGAAAGAAGACCCUUAACGUAUACGCCCGUCUACAAGACACCACCUCAACGAAGAAAAAAGGAUCGAGUCACGGACGAAGCUACAUCGCCUGAGAAAAGGCCGAUCGUUCAGCACGGUUUGGAUCUACCAUCGGAUCCUGUACUCGCCGAUUGUCUUUCAACAUCCGCCAUAAAUUAUUCGCAUAAUCAUGUCCCACAUCAGACAAUUUUUAGCCAUCAGCCAACCAUGGCGGAUUUUAAACAGAUGGCUAUGGAAGCCUACAACCAACGUAAUAACCAAAAUGUGUAUUACAGCCUUCAAAGGACGAGCAAAUGUUUAUCGUCGAUGCCGCAGAGGCCGGUCUCUUCGUCAAUUUCUGCUCAGGGGAAAUUUCAUCAACCAGAAGUGGUGACGCGCUCGAAUCGAAUACAAGAGAGCUGUAUAUAAUAAGAGAGUGCCCGUCUAUCUUACUUUCUCAUUAAUUCUUUCAUUUCUUCUUCUUUUUCCUUUCCUUCUUUCUUUCUUUAUUCUUCUUUCUUCAAUUUUUUUUUACUUUUUCUCUUCUCAUAGUAAUAGCACGUGUAAACGAAGUGUAUCAUUGAAAUGAUUGGACAAUUUUUCUAAUUGAUCGACACUGCCUAAAUCGAACGAAAAAGUUCUGAAUUUGUAAUAAUUAUUCAUUUAAUAAUCUAUUAACAAUUAUUUAACACUGUUUAAUCUUUCCAAACUAUUAAAUAAUAUAAUUGAAUAUAUCUAUUUGUUGUUUACAAUUUAGAGCACAAUUUCUUCGAUUUAGAACAAGUGUUUCAAUUUUAAAAAGUGCCAAAUAUUUUUACGAUCCACAGUAUAGGAUUAUACGUGUAUGUUAUAAAAAAAAAGAAGAGGAAAAGAUAUAGACAAAUAAACAUUUAAUGAUAUAAGAGGAAGAUG